AUGGAGCACAAGGAUGAGAUCGAGGCAAAAUCACUGACAGCUGGGGAUGAUUUGCCCGACAAAAUUCAGAGCCCAACGGAUGAGACAACUCCAACGCAGGCCGCUCAUCCGUUCAAGAAGUGGAUGGAUACCUUCCGAACCCGCAAAUACGUGCCUCCAGGAAUUCCCGAGCGUUAUGUAGAGGGCUGGCCAGAUGAUCUACAGACAGGCAAUGCUCAUCUUUCGGCACAGGAUCCGCAGUGGGAGAGAAAUUCUGGACACUCGUCACAUCUGGCCUUGAAGACUGCUACGAUUAGCAAUACAAGCCAGAGUGAGGAGAGGUCGAGGGGAACAACACACAGCACGACAACACAAAGUGUACUGUCUGAUUUGCGGGCUUCGGGAGACAGCUCCCGACCAAGUUCCAGCAACUAUGUGGAUGAAGCAGCGGAAAUCCGGGCCACCAAGAGGCGCUGCGUGCUGCAGGAACUGCUCGCGACUGAAGACGAUUAUGUUCUUGGUCUCAAAGCUCUGACUGGGGUUCUUUCGCUUUUUAGCGCCCGAACGCAGAUUCAGCACAACAUUCAACACAUUGGUGAAAUCCACGAGCGUUUCCAAGGUCGGCUACAUCGGACGUCGCCUUUAUCGAGCCGUCAAGCUGCAGCAGAAGCGUCGGAUUUUGUUUCUCGUGGAUUAUCGAAGCGCUUAGGGGGCAUCGACAUUCGAGGACUGAAAGCUCUCCCGAGUCGAUCAUUGAGAACCCGCAGCUUCAAAGCAGCAGUCGACCAACACCGCAAAUCUCUGGUGGCAGACCCAGUUGAAGUCUUGGAGGUAGCACGAGAGAUCGAGAAAUUGCCCAUCCAACGCCUGUGCAAGUAUCCACUGCUCCUCCAGGACCUCCUCCGGCACACGCCUGUCAGCGACUGCCCAACUUCUCAUGAUGCAAUCCGGCAGAUCCUGGACAAUAUACGGAUUUUGGUGACGCAGAUUAACUCGGCAACGGGCAACCCUAUCAAUAAGGAUCGCAUUCACAAGACACUGCUUUUACAAGAGAGGAUUCAGUUUGCUGACUCGGUAUGUCUUUCCCUAAGUAUGUUGAGAACAUCUGAUAACUUGGGCAAUGAACAACAGUACAUGCUACAAGAUGUGUAUAGGGACCUUGGACCGAUGGUUCUUUGUGGAGUGCUACAUGUCACCUAUCAGACAUCAGAACAGAUUACUGGCGAUUUCAUGGUAUGCGUUUUGUUCAAUAGUUAUUUUCUUAUUGCGAAAAUCAUUGACGACUCCCACCGACUGGAGGCCGUCGCUUGUAUUUAUAUGGAUGAUUUGAAAAUGGACACCAUCCAAAAUGGACGAGGUAUUUACUGCUAUGGUUGUCCCUUUUCAUGGAAGAUCUUGUUUCAAGACCAAGAGGAAAACUUCGAAUUUGUGCUCAGUGCAUCAUCUGCUACUGAAGAAAAGCAGUGGAAGACAGACACGUUGAAAUAUUCGGCAGCUCUGUCGGAAUUGGGCAAACCAGGCGCACAGGAACCUCGCAAGUACUCACUCUUGACUACUCUUCUGGUGCCUUUGGAUCGGACCCAGUAUACAGUGGCCUCACUUGCACGAAGGUCCAUGGAUGCCGUGGCAAUCUCACGAAAGUCCACGUCCCAACACGUAGUCAUUCGGAAGACACGUUGCCCACAGACUCACGAUGAAUCCACCGAAUCGAGUAGUGAGAUUGAUCGGCCCACCUCCCCGAUUGCACGAACCCCAUGGGUUGUGACAGCGAAACGAAUGGAUCGAGUCCGAUUGGAACGACUUAUUUCGGAGGUCUAUACGCGCGAUGUGUUGCCAUGGCCCGGAAUGAUUCUCGGUCGAGGGGACCUACUGUUCGGUCGCGGGUCGAUCAUGAGACAUCUUAGCUUGCACAAAGGAUUCGCGAAACGGCCCAUCUCGAUCAGCACUUCUCACUCAGGGCCCCUGGUAGCUGAGUCACUCGCCAUUGACAAUUACAAUGGAGAGGAAAAGCAAUUGAUUACGAGCCAGGAUGGGUGUGGCGACCAGCAAUCGCCAGUAACGGACUGUGAGUCUCCCAAGACGCCCACGUCGAUUAUGGGGCGCUCCAAAACCGUCCGGUUUGGAGCUACGUCCAAGAAAUCACUGUCUUUACCUCGCGAGAAGCGGCCGACCCAAGACGAUAAUCUUGACUCGUCGCCCCGCAAAAAAUGGAGCUCACCGAUGACCUUGUUGAGCGCAUUGUCACCGAAGAAUCUCAUCCGGUCUCGUGUGGAGUCAGGGACAGAGGAGUGA